UAUUUACACAAGCACAUUAAUAUUUUUUCCGAAAUAUGCAAAAUCGAUUGUCAGUUUUUAGGCUUACAUGUGACUCUACUAAUGGCUUCAGAUUUAUUAUUUAUACCAAGAAAAAAUAUACCAGCUCUUUUAGAUACAGAUGAUAAAUUUAUGCCCAGACUCAAGAAUAUUGAACAUUGGCAUGGUCUUUUAUAAAGUGGAAAGGUAGAGGCACAUUUCAGAAAAGAACUCCAAGACCUUAACUUUUAGUCUAUUUUGACCAGAGAUGAAUCAAUAGUAGCCUGCUGAUAAGAGGACAAUGGGCCUCUUUAACAAAAAGUUAGUAAUCUCAGAGAAAUGGUUUUUAUUUUGAACUUAUAUACCUUUCUUAGAAAGCCUAGCUACUACAUUUUUAGCCUGAAAGUAAGUAGGCCCAAUUUUAAGGCCAACUUUUAUAAGCUCUUCUGUGAAACUUGAGCCUGGGUUCAAAUUUCUUGACACCAAACAAAGACAGCAUAGUAUUGAUCAGUAUUCUUUAUUGGAAAAUCUAAGUUUAUUUUGGGAUUUGUUUACAUUGAUAGAGUGGAGACCUUCAGUUAGUGACAAGACACAUAUAUUUGCAAUGUAUGCCGGCUCAACACUUAUCUAUAAUCUCAAUUGCACAAAUUGUCAGAAGUCUUGGCCUAGAUGGCCUAAUAGGGUUGACAUAUUACAGUCAGAAGAUAACCUGGAAUGUGAUAUGUCUUCACCUUUGCUGUAUAACUGACCAAGUUAACACUACUGGAGCUCAAAUGUACAGACAUGCUCUGUAAAUAAUUACAGAACAUCAAGAUGGGAUCAUUUACAAUUUUGCGUGAUCUGGACUACACAGUAUCUCCAACAGAAACCAGUUCGAAAGAAAAAACCUGGAAUCCAAAGUCAACUCUAGACUUGUAUCUUCCAAAUGAGAAACCACCAAGCAGAAGGAAGGAUGUGGGCAAAAACAAGCACAUUUCUGAAUUCCCAAUUGUUUUAUUUGUUCAUGGCGGUGGUUGGAGGCGGGGUGAUAAAUCUGCAUGGAAACACUACAUCUCAUUUCAUGACACAAACAUUUUUGCUGCAUUAAUUUUGUGGUAUUUCAACUUGUAUGGCAAUGUUGGCGAGUCAUUAGUGAGACACAACAUCGCAUGUGCAAUUGUCAAUUAUCCUCUUGGCAAACUUUCAUUUCCUCACAUUUUACUCGAAAUGUUUGCUUCAUUCCUGUCUUCAAGCCUGUGCUUCAGUCUGCCUACACUUUAUCUUUGGGUAACUCUAAAAGUUCUUGAGGAUCUUCUCAUAUAUAGGGCAGGGUCAAGUCAAUAUCUGUCUCAGCUGUUUGAAUAUGACUACAUCCACAUAACAACUGUGCUAUUUUUGUGUGUGACAAUGUCACAGUUAUUGAAAAUUGCAGUCAUAUUUUGGAACAAAAAAAGAUAUAAGAUGACUGAUGCAAGUAUCAUGCUUCAUAUUUUACUGGUCCUUGGAUCAGGAAUAACUAUCAUCUUCCUAAUACCAUCAAGUACUGUGCCAAAAGAACAGAUGUUUAAAAUGUGGUGUGCAGGCAUAAUAGUUUACACAGAGGGAAUUAUCUUUUACAAGUAUAUGACUGAGCUGGACUCUACAAACAAUUCCAAUCAAGCAGAAGCUGUUGCCAAAAGUAUUGCCUGGAUAAAAAAAUAUGGUCACAUGACAUCAUCAUUUAAUCCUGAUUGGUUAUUUCUGAUGGGUCAUUCUGCUGGGGGUCAUUUGGUUUCGCUGGUAACAUUAAAUGGCAGGUAUCUGGCUGCAGAAGAAUGUUCUAGAUCUGAUAUCAAGGGAGUGAUUUCCAUCUCAGGUGUAUACAAUGUCAAAAUGCUUGCUAUUGAUAAACUUGUUGGGUUCGUUAAACAUUUCUACAUACAUCCAAUAUUUGGAUCCAGUCAAGAUAAUCAAGAGGAAGCAUCGCCGUCCUUUCACCUAGAUUUUGUCCAAUCAGACGUACUGCCACCAUUUUUGAUAUUAAAUGCAGAAAAAGACUACAUGCUAUUAAAUGAUGCCAAGGACUUUGUUGCAAAGCGAAAAAUGCAAGGACACGAGUGGGAACAUGUGGUUGUGCCAGGCACCAACCAUUUGAAUAUUAUGACUUGUUUUGGACAGACAAAAAGUGCCUGCAAUCCUGCAUCACUAUGUGCAAGAUUUAUUGGAGACAUUCUUAAGGCUGUUCCUAAAAGCAAAUAUUAAAGCAAUCCAUUCCACAGUAAAAAUUCAAAUCAUGGUUUUUAUUUUUAUUAUUAUUGUUACCUUUUUUGUCUGUCAAUUGGAUGGCUCCAAUCUGGCAUGACAUUCUUGAUAAAUAAAG